AUGUCUGUCUUCAAUAACUCUGCUCUUUAUCCUCACUUCCUUUUAACAGGCUUCCAAGAACUGGAGGCCAAGUAUAGUCUCAUCUCCAUUCCCAUCUGCCUGAUCUACAUAAUUUCUAUUGCAGGAAACAUGACCAUCCUCUUCAUCAUUAGGACAGAGCCCUCACUCCACCAACCUAUGUAUUACUUUCUCUCCAUGUUAGCCCUGGCAGACCUGGGUCUGUCUACUGUCACCUUGCCCACUAUGGUCAGUGUCUUUUGGUUCCAUGUUCGAGAUAUCUCCUUUGUUGCCUGUGCAACCCAAAUGUACUUCAUUCAUGUGUUCUCUAUCAUUGAGUCAGCUAUAUUGUUGGCCAUGGCAUUUGACCGUGUUGUGGCUAUCCGGGACCCACUACGCUAUUCAGCCAUCCUCACUAACAGUGUAAUCAUUAAGAUUGGACUUGCCAGUGCUGGAAGAGCCCUUAUUAUGGUCUUCCCAGUCCCUGUCCUCUUGAAAAGGUUGCAGUUCCAUAACAUCAAUACCCUCUCCUACCCCUUCUGUCUGCACCAGGAUCUUAUCAAGCUGACAAUGUCUAACCAGAGGAUCAACAGCAUCUAUGGACUCAUGGUGAUCAUCUCUUCAACAGGAGUAGACUCAGUAUUACUGCUUCUGUCCUAUAUGCUCAUCCUGGUCACAGUGUUGAGUGUUGCCUCUAAGACAGAGCGUGUCAAAGCUCUCAACACCUGCAUUUCUCAUAUCUGUGCUGUAUUUACCUUCUACACGCCUAUGAUUGGGUUGUCUGUAAUACGUCGCUAUGGGCAAAAUGCCUCCCCAAUGGUCCAUGUGUUGAUGGCUGAUGUCUACAUGCUUGUCCCACCACUCAUGAACCCUAUUGUGUAUAGUGUCAAGACCAAACAGAUUCGCCUGCGCAUCCUCAAGAAGUUCAAAAAAGAGAAGGGAUAG